AUUGAGAAUUUGUAGACGAAAAAAUGAGGAUGAAAAUAGUAUUCAAAGGUAUGUAACGGGAGACAAACAGAAUGGCGUGGAGUUUGGUGAUAUCUGUGUUAUCCUUUACUUUUGUGGUGUAUCUCCUUCACUAUUCUCACUACCUACUAACCGUUCGUAAUGGCCUAGAUGGACUUCUAGAACAUUUAUGGUCAUGGGUUUUAAUACCAGUGUUUAGUGCCACCAGUUAUGUCUGUUAUGAUUUCUACAGAAGGAAUGUGACACCAAAUCAUACAAUAAGAACGUCAAUAGAUCAUUAUAUCGCUAUCUCAUCCUUGUCAUGGGUCGGAUGGUACAUGAGACGGAAAUUAGAAAAAGCAACAAAAAAUGUAAAACAGGCACAAGAUGAACUCUUAUUACAGAGACUGAAAGAUAAUGCGGAGACAUCAUACGGGAAAGAAUAUCAAUUUGGAGAAAUAAAAGAUAGGGAAGAAUAUGUCAGAAGACAUCCAUUGACAAGAAUUUCUCAUUACGAGCCAUAUAUACAAAAAAUGUUAGAAACAAAAGAAUGUGAAAAUAUUCUGACACAUAAAAAGCCAAUUCAGUUUGCUGUGACGUCAGGUACCUCAGGUAAGAGUAGUGUAUUACCUAUGACAGGUGAGCAAAGACUAGCAUUCUUUACACAUGGAAUCGCUGUAGUAUACAAUAGUUUACUCCAAUCUUUACCAGAGAACAAAUGUAUUCAGAAAAGUUUGAAAUUAUUUUAUACUCCACGAUGGAGAGAAUCAGCUGGAGGCCUCCCUAUUGGACCUAACUCCUCCUCUCCAACUAAUUCCAAGGCCUUACUUAGUAUAUACUCAACACCUAAACCUGGGUUUGAAGUCCUUACAGAGCCUGAAGCAUUGUACAUCCAUUUAUUGUUUGGUCUCAAGGACAAAUAUCUUGGAAUGGUAGAAGCUAAUUUUGCUUCAAUUGUACUCAUAGCAUUCCAAGCAUUAGAAAUGCAAUAUAAAAGUCUUAUAGAGGACAUUGAAUUAGGAAGAAUUAAUCCAGAUCUUAAAAUCUCUGAUGAGACCAGAAAUGAACUAAACAAACUUUUAUCUCCGGAUAAAAACCGUGCCAAUGAACUACGAGAUGCUUUCAAAGGAGGUGCUGCCGGACUAGUUAAACGUGUCUGGCCUACAUGUCAUUUAAUUCUUGCUGCUGACACUGGUGUGUUUACUUUGCCUGCCAGUAUCCUAAUGGAGACAUAUUGUAAAGGCAUCCCUAUGUAUUCUCCAUUAUACGCAGCAUCAGAAGGCUUACUAGGUGUCAAUAUCUGGCCUGAGGAUAAACCAAGUAGAUACAUGCUGGUUCCUGGUUAUAUGUUCUUUGAGUUUAUACCAGUACAACAUUGUGAUGAAGAUCAACCACAAACACUCUUCUUAGAUCAGGUUGAGCUUGGUAAAGAGUAUGAGUUAGUGAUAACCAAUGCUGGUGGUCUGUACAGAUAUAGGUUUGGGGAUGUUGUGAAGAUAGCAGGGUUUCAUCAUCAAUGUCCAAUUAUAGAAUUUAUGUAUAGACAAGGACAGUUCCUGAAUGUAAGAGGAGAGAAGACAUCAGAGAAGACAUUCUAUAAUGCAUUGAUGAAGGCAGUCUCUAGCUGGGAAGGACUGAAGUUAACAGACUAUUGUUGUUCUGAGAGUUUAUUGAUAAGUGAAGAAGGAGAGAAGAAGGGCUAUGCCCCAUUUUAUCAUGUAUUUUUGGAAUUGGAUUCAACAGAUGGAGAUGCUAUGCUGACUGAAGAACAGAAAAAUCGGAUUGACGAGACUCUAAGUGACCUGUCUUAUGUGUAUGGAUCAUUUAGGAAGAAGGGGAGUAUACAGAAAAUGAAGGUGUACAUGGUCAAACCGGGAACGUUUCAGGGACUUAGAAAGUUUGCCAUAGAGACUACACAGGCCUCAGCCAAUCAGUAUAAAAUACCAAGGGUUGUCAAAACUAAGGAAGCUGCAGCAUUUAUGAUGAACAAUGUGAUAUGAUACAAGUUGUAAAUAGCUUGUUGGAGAUUGUGAUACGGUUUAUAUUUUUAAUCCUAUUUAUGAUUUACAAAAGCAUUGUGAUCAACAAUCUAAUAUUUUGUUUAUUUAAUAUUUUUAUACAUUUCAAUUUAAAAUGUUUUGUUUUUGUUUAUAAAACAAGACUUCCACAAAAAACAAUCUUUCUUUUGUUUGACCUGCUGCCUCAUGGACAUUCAUUUGAAAUCUUAUUUUAUUUUCAAUACAAUAAAAACAUUAGUUUUAAACAAUUUUCUUGUUUGACACUUUUGAAUAAAUUUUGAUAGCAAAACAAAGAGAAUAUGCACUAUAAAAUUGAUAAACUAUGUCUGCAACUCUGCAAUACUUAUUUUUAUUAAUCUGUGUGUGUUGAGGAGGGGACACUAUUGCAUGAAAUAUAAUCAAAAUCAUAUUGUCACAAACUUUGAUAGCUGUAAUUUUUAUACCUCAUCUUUGCCGUUGCUGCAUGUGCAGUAAGCUGAACAUUCUUUAGAUCCUUUCCAUGUCCGAUUGUGAACAAUAAAUGUUAAUGAUAUAUUCCAAGUCCGAUUGUGAACAAUUGUUGUUAAUGAUACAUACUCAGAUAUUUAAGUUAUAAAAUGAUGUGCAUAACAAUACAUGUUUAAAAACAUUUUAUUAGAAACAACAUUAGCCAUCUAUGGUCAAUUACAAUUAUUGACAAAAGAGGUAACUGAUUCAAUUUAAUAUAUUUCUAAUUGCUUAUUACAAUAUAAAGUUUAAUCCGUCUGCACCAAAAUCUGACUACUAGUUCAAAGACAGAUAUUCUGACUUUUUCUAUUAAUAUGUGUCUUAACAAUGUUUUGCAAUAACUUACCUCCGAUACAUUUCUAGAAAUGUGAUUGGUUAAAAGCACCCUUGUGGAGACCGUGUAUAUUUGAUAUUAGGUUAGAAGGGAGAUGGGGCUUAUCUCUUUCACGGUUAGUAGUGGUGUUUAACAUUCCUUUAUAUUCCAUAUAAGGUAGUAGGGAGUGCAAUAACUAAUACUAGUCCAAUAUAAUUUUACUAGUCUAGGGCAUUGGACCGCCUAAUGGUGCAUAAAUUUGAAGUUCAAAUUACCAAAUGAAAGUUAUGAUCCUUACCCUUCACUGCCAACAAGUGCUUUUAUAUAUCCUGACUAAAAAAAACUGAUCAGGCAUAUCUAAACAAAUUAGAGCUAUGUUCAUAGUUUAAGUUUGAUAAAUGUAUUUCAAAUUCAGCUUUCAAUAAUGCAUACUUUCCUAAUAUUUACUUUUGUGUUUACUGUGCUUUUGACUAACAGGGAUAACCAGGAAUUGGGGAUUGUGCAAACAUAUGUACUCGAGAGAAAUGAUAUUGUAACUUAUUUUUGUAAAUUCAUGUUGAUAUUGUAUACAAAAGUCUUCAACGUCAUGAUAUUUUACUUCAAUCUAUUGACCGUUAGGAAAUUUAUAUAUUAUUUUCACUGCCAUAUGUUAUUUAUGUU